CCUCUUGACAAUACUGAAAUUGUUAUCGGUCAUAACAAUCUCUGAGGAAAAAUGUCGGUUUAUGUUGAAACAACAUAUGGAAGAACGAGCAAAGAUGUUGAUGAAGCUCGCAGAAUUUACCAGAGUGAUAUCACCGGUAAAAUGAUCAUCUUCAUCCUUUCAGGGCUUUGCAUGCUGCUCUUCAUCUUCAUCGUCAUUGGUUUCUUUUUCAUAGCCAAGCCACUCAAAGCAAGCUUGACAUCUGUUGCUAUAAGAAACCUCAGGUACAAAAACGAUGCAUCAUCAUCAUCAUCUCUUUACUUUAACGCAACACUGGCUAUGGAAAUCAGAAUUGAGAAUCCAAAUCUCGGGUUCUUUGAGUUUCCCACUAGUAAAGGAGAUAUCUUGUACAACGGUCAUGUUGUUGGUGAAAUGAGGAUCAAUGGACAACGAGUGGCUUCAUAUGGUGCCAUGAGAACAGAGGUUAGGACACAAGUGGGUUACAGAGGGAAUCAGACAUCACCUGUUUGGUUGAAGAAUGAUAUAGAGAGAAGGUUAAUAAUCCUCGAGGCCAGAGCUAAACUGAGAGGUGAAGUACACUUGAAGGCCUUGAACAAUAGAACAGUGAAUUUGAAGUGUUUAAUGCAUCUUAAUCUAAUAGAUGAAGUUAUUCAUCGUUUGUGGUGUAAAUGAUAAACACUCUUAGGUUGUUUCAUACCUUUUUACGUAACUAAUUUUUCCUUUUUAGAGCUAUAUUAGCAUACAUUUAUAAGUUAAUAUUUAACUACUUAGGUUUUUGUUGUCAUAGAAAAUUGAUAUUAAAAUAUUAUGUUUAUA